AUGUCGAGACCUACGGAGAGCGAGACUGCGAGCAGGCUACCUUGGUCGGAAAUGGCUAGGGAUCAAACUUCCUCCUCAUCCUUCGAUAGCCCUCCACCGGAAUACCCGGGUUUGGGAGGGACCAUUCUUGCGGGCGGCGGCGGCACGGGAAUUACGGUCCCGCAGACUCUGGUGCAGGGCUGUGAACGGCCACUAGACUUCCUUCACUUGUUCUCGCUUGUACGUAGGGUGUGGCCAAGAAACGAUGAAUUUCGUACUUAUCGCAGCAUGUCGUUGGGACAACUCGAUACUUUGGGUGCGGGCUUGUCAUUCAAAGUUUUGCUACAUCCACUUGAAGCGAGGUUUCGGGACUUUGUCAAUGGGCGUGCGGGAUACGAUGUUGGUGAUAAGUUUGUAGUGAAGGGACUGAGGUUUAUUGACGAUUAUAACAAUACAAUCGCAAAGGACGAGUUGUAUCGUGCUUGCCUGAGGGAGAUACGGGCUCUUACGCAUCCGCCGUUGCGAUCUCAUCCGAACAUAAUCACGCUUUUGGGCAUUGGGUGGGAGCCAGACCUUAACCACCACUCGCACGAUGUCGCCUGGCCACUGCUUGUGCUGGAGUAUUCCGAAGAGGGCACGCUGAGAGACUACCAGAUGGGAAAUCCAGGGAUGGAGUUUUUGGAGAAAAUGCAGCUCUGUGAAGACGUUGGAAGGGCAUUAUUGGCUAUUCAUGGAAGUGGGAUAGUGCAUGGAGAUGUAAAGAGUGAGAAUAUACUCGUUUUCUGGUCGGCGGAGAAGGGAAGGAUGGUCGGAAAGGUUGGGGACUUUGGAUCUUCGGUCUUGGAUUUCAGGGAGGACGGGCAGGGGGGUUUACUGGCGCAUACGAUUCCCUGGAAUGCCCCCGAAUAUGACGAGGAUAUCCCGAGAGACCACCUGAAAUUCACGGAUGUCUAUAGUUUCGGGAUGCUAAUUUUUCGCGUCAUGCUUGGAGGCAUCAAUCCGUUCAAGAUCUCCCCGUUCAAGUCCGGCGACGUAGAUAUUGAGCUACGAUCGCAAGAACUUAAAAAGGACCCCGGAUUUCUAUCACUGGUGGCAGUGAUGUUAUGCGAGCGCUGCGAUGCCUCGGACGCCAAUGCUGUUUGCGAGGUUCUGGAAUUCACUUUACAAUAUCUACCAUCACGGCGGGAUCUUGAGAAAGCCGUGAUCGAGCUUUGCCGGCUUAAAGGGAAUUCCGAGAGUAUCCCUCCAGUCGCCCCCUUGGAGGAAUUUAAUUACGAAGAUGUUAGUCUCACCUUCGCCCUACCAGUCUGCAGUAGGCUAACCUCACUAGAUCGUUUUUGAUGCCAACUGCAUGACAGAGGAUAGUUUUUGUGUGCGAGCUUCCGUCAUUCAUGCUCUAGAAGCUGUUGCAUGCAGUGACUUGGCACACGCGCGUCUGGCCAGGUUCCAACUAUUCCAACUACUUCUUAAUCGUUAUGGGGAAGGAAUUACUGGUGCCUGGGAAAUGACCCUGGUAUGGCUGUCGCAUUAUGCGGAAAGUGGGGGAUAUGAUGGGAUAGGACACCUGGUCGGUCGAAUCUUUGAUGCUUUGGGUGUUCAGCUUGAUGAACGGAUCCCGUUGCGGGCCUUACUACGACAGGGCGCAUUAAAAGGAUCGCAUACAGCGUUUGAAGAUCUAAAGAAGUACUACCCCGACGCGUAUGAUGAGACUCUUGCACUAUUCCGUGAAUGUGGGGGGGCUAUGGGCAUGUCGCAGCGGUCUGCAUUGUUCCGGCGGGUAGAUGUAAGGAGUCUGGGUGGAAUAGCUAAUGCAAUCGGGAACUCGCCUGGUGUUGAGCUGUGUAAUAUUCACGUCACAGAAGACCAGGAUACAUUGUUGCAUUGUGCUGCUCGAUCAGGUUAUCUGGAAGUGGUUCAAUGUCUCAUAAGCAUGGGCAUAGACGUCAAUGUUCUUAACCGCCUCGGGGAGACUCCUUUGCUAGCAGCCAGCAGGGCGGGGCAUUAUGAAAUCUCUAGGUGUCUUAUAGAGGCGGGAGCCAGGGCGGACAAAACGAGCAUUUUCGGGGAAGGCCCGAUCCAUUUCUUACCCUUUUUCGACGAUCAGCAUAUCGACUCCGUUUCUGAGUUAAUGGUCAGAAACGGUGCAGACGUAGAUGAGUGGGCAACGGGAAACCCAAGGGCGGGUGAGCAGGGAUUUUGGGGCAACGCCCCAUUGCAUUACGCAGUCGCGAGAAAUCACAUAGCUAGCAUUAGGGCUCUUCUCCGACUCGGUGCUGAUCCUUAUGCCAAAGAUGAGGGUAGAUCGGCUAUCCGUUGGGCAUGCUUGCUUUGCCGUGCCGAGGCACUAGAGAUGAUGGUAGCGGCAUCAAGUCGUAUGCUUUCAUCGGAAAACUCUGAGCCCGGCUCGCUAGCAGAAGGUGCCCUUGGUCCUGGAAACCGUCUGGAAUUUGUUCAGGAACAUGGGGGAAACUAUGAGAAUGCCAAGAUAGCCACUCUUAAAGUUCUGGAUAAAUACAAAGCUAUCAAUUACAGAGACAUGAACGGCAAUGGGGAGCAUACAGUACUCCUCCGUGCUGUUCUGGCAGGUUACCCAACAGUAGUGAACUACCUCCUAACCCACACACCCUCGAAGCAACAUCUUGAUGUUGGCUAUUGUGGCAAACCCCCACUGACGUUGGCAAUCUACAUGGGAUACAGGGACGUCUUCGAAGUCCUACUUCGUCAUGGGGCAGACAUACACUUAACACCUACGGCUCCCUGGGUUCGUGGAGGCUAUCUUCACGUCUGUGCGUUUGCGGGUCAUCGGGAUCUAUUCUUUCCGGAACAGCUAUUGAAGCAUGGAGCGCUAGUUGAUCAGUUGGAUGAAGCAGGGCGAACACCAUUUGCUUUAGCCGUCAUUGAAGGCAACUACCCGGUUGCUGAUCUUCUCCUGCAACACGGUACGGAUCGGGACUGCGUCUGCGAGGACGAUACUGGCUUGGCCCGGUUCUUAGCAUGUCCUGUGUCACUAAAGAGUAUAAAAUAUUUGAUGACAUGCAAGUGAAAACCCGGAAAGGCCUCCCCCGUCAUUCAUCUGCUCGCCGAACUCCGGUAGGAAUGUUUUCCAUGCGAUUGCUGAUGCUGGACCAGAGGCAGAGAAGACCACAGAAACGAAGGCUAUCUUCCGAUAUCUACAAGAACUAUGGCCAGGGGAAGAACAUAUAAAUACCUGCGAUAGAAUGGGCUACUCUCCAUUGGAGAAUGCAGUGACACGCUCUAAAGAAGACCUUGUUAAUAUGAUGAUUGCAGCAGGCGCGGACCCAAACUUGAGCUCAAUGGGGGCCCUAUAUUUUGCAUUGGGGAAACAAAGUUGGGCCAAUGAACAAAUCAGAAAGGUUGGCGGAAGGUGGCUGACUAGACGGACUAAGAAGAUAGCUGAUAAUAUCGUCGCGAUUCUUAAGGAGGCCGGCGCGAGGGUAGAUAUACAUCCGCGUACUGGCUGUCCCAAACCGCUCGACGUGAGUAGGGCGUUACGGGGAAUGACAAUAGAGGUAUGCUCGCCGUGUUCAAUUGAAUGAUCAUUUAAUUCACUAUUUGAUAGGAUUUCGAGAGGGGUCGUAGGAGGAUGUUGGCUGGGUUUGGAGAUACUGAAGCUGGUGUUACCGGAAGAUACGGUCAGGCGGCAAAUGAACGGAGGCCCUGGGAGCAUUGUAUGGCUUCACUUGAGAACAAUCCAACUAGACGAGCCAUUCUACCCCUAGUAAGGGAACUGGUUAGCCAGAACGACGCUACGGUAAUCAUGGCAAUUGAGUUUUCAGCUGGAACUAUGCUAAAUUUAUUCAGGAAUUAGCAGCCUGGCUGAGAAACCCUCCUCGAAACAGGCUGCCAAGUGCACGGGAAAUCACGCCGCCAAGCGUAUCGGAAAACACCCAAUUGAAUUGGAGAGAAAGGAGUGAGAGGCAGAAGGGGCAGCCCGGAAAGGCUCCCGGAACGGCAUCGGACAGUACUAAUGGCACACAGCUACCGAAAGCCAGAUCCGAGGCGUCGUGGUCAAGCGGCCCAGAAACGUCCUUUAAUCUGGGAAGUGGUAUACCGGUAUCGCAAUCAUCCUCGUCAGGCAGUGACUCGCUACUACCACCUUCAAGAGAGUUGGAGACGUCUACCAAUACAUGGUCUCCUUCAAGCAGUUCCCUGUCAGCGCUGGCAUAUAGAUCGCCGCCUCCUUCAUUACUUGAUACCCCUGUACCAAGUUCGCUUUCCCCAAGCUCCCCGGAUAUCCUCUCACCUACCUAUAGGGGUAUGUCCCAGUUGUCGCCAUCAAUGACCUCUCCUACACCAAGGAAUAAUCGCCCGCCACCCUCCCAGCCCGUCUCGGUGCCACGGUGUUCGCCGAGUGAGGCCUCCUCGUCAUCGUCGGUGUCUGGGGGCAUGACCAUGCCUACUGUUAUCCGGGAGACGCAAUUUGCCCUUCCAGCCUCUCCAUCACAAGCUUCACCCCAACCCCUCUCCCCUCUCCAAGGUGUCUCCCAAAUUUUACUGUCCUUUCAGCAAACCCCACACGAUUGUUACCGGAGCUCUUCUUCCUUCCCCCAAUACAUCCCCUGGACUAUCCCCUACCAAAAGCCUCCCCAUGAAAUCCUCGACUCCCUCCGCCCCGCCAUACUCCCAUUGAUCACCGCUUUGGUAGAUUCCCGCCACAGCAAUGCCAUCCCACGACGCAAUCUAAAGAUUUGCCUAGAGAGCCAUCUUUGCAUGCCAAAUCUUAUAGACCUCAAGUGGGAUCCUACCGCCCCAUUGGGUAGUAGUUCAGUAAAAGAGCUGCAAUCAGGAGUCAAUAAGAUGCUGAGGGGGUUUUCAAUUGUUAUAAAUUUGAAACUUAGGGUCGAGAUGGGUGGGGAACGUGGGACGAGGACCGUGCUCAGGCUCUUGAUUGACGAAGAUGGAGGUAUUACGGGUGGUGAUGGAUGGUUAAGGACCGAGGGGGCGGGAUGGGAGGAUUUGGAGAGAAUUGAGGCAGGAAUAAUGUUUCCUCAGGAGUCUUGAGCGAGUCAAUGGAGACAGUCUAUUUUGGGUGUGGUGGAGUGUGAUUGAUGGACAGCGAUGAGUACUAUGAGGGUGAAAAAUGUGUUUGCUUUGUUUUCCUUUUUUUCUCUUAAGCUCUAGGUUUUGUAUUGUUGAGUUAGGUUUGUUUGAGCUGUUAGGGUUUGGUUGUAACUGGCCAUAGUGGUGUGCUGUGGACUAGAGAGGACCCAAAGGGAUUUUUUUCCUUCCUCCCUCUUCAGACAAGAGAUGAACCAAACGAAGAAGCUGCGGAGGGGAACUUGAGGAGAAAAUGAACAAGACGAAGUCAACAACGAACGCGGAAGCCUGUACCUACACUUGAUAAUUCUUCUUUGGUUGUUCUUUCGUUUCCUUGCAUCAAUUGAUCUGUACGGACCUAAUUUCGGAACUCCUUUUCUUGUGUGAGGUAUUGAUUACCUGUUUGAUUUUGUAAGUGAGUAAAUCUUACCCGAUCUGUGUGUUUGGUUUUCCGACCCCGAUCCGUUCCUUUCAGUACCGUAGUUAGGGCAUGGUUUUGCUGGGUUGUCGGGGUUUGUUUCCGGCAGUAAUGUUACCACCAAUGUCAAUGAU